AUGGCUCCUUGGACGGUCCUGUGUCUCCUCGCCAUUGUAAAAAGCAGCCUGGGGGCUGACACCGAGGAACGGCUGGUGGAGCAUCUACUUAACCCCGCCCACUACAACAAACUGAUCCGUCCGGCGACCAAUGGCUCGGAGCUGGUGACGGUACAGCUGAUGGUCUCAUUGGCUCAGCUCAUCAGCGUGCAUGAAAGAGAGCAAAUUAUGACGACCAACGUCUGGCUUACUCAGGAGUGGCAGGACUACCGUUUGACGUGGAUCCCCGAGGAGUUUGACGGUAUGAAGAAGGUCAGACUGCCGUCCAAACACAUCUGGCUUCCUGACGUCGUUCUUUACAACAAUGCUGAUGGCAUGUAUGAGGUGUCUUUCUACUCCAACGCUGUGGUCUCCUACGAUGGCAGCGUAUUCUGGUUGCCCCCGGCGAUCUACAAGAGCGCGUGUAAGAUUGAGGUGAAGCACUUCCCGUUUGACCAGCAGAACUGCACACUCACGUUCCGCUCUUGGACGUACGACCGGACCGAAGUGGACCUGGUCCUCCGGACGGAUGUGGCCAGCAUGGACGACUUCACACCCAGCGGAGAGUGGGACAUCAUCGCCCUUCCGGGCAGACGCAACGAGAACCCGUCGGACCCCACCUACGUCGACAUCACCUACGACUUCAUCAUCCGUCGAAAGCCGCUCUUCUACACCAUCAACUUAAUUAUCCCCUGUGUGCUCAUCACCUCUCUGGCUAUUCUCGUUUUCUACCUGCCCUCGGACUGCGGAGAGAAGAUGACUCUUUGUAUCUCGGUCCUCCUGGCUCUCACUGUUUUUCUCCUCCUGAUCUCCAAAAUUGUUCCCCCCACCUCUCUGGAUGUACCCCUCGUGGGGAAGUAUCUGAUGUUUACCAUGGUUCUCGUGACCUUCUCAAUAGUGACCAGCGUUUGCGUGUUGAACGUUCAUCAUCGUUCUCCGACCACGCACACUAUGCCCCCGUGGGUGAAGCUGGUGUUUCUCAAUAAACUUCCGGCCCUGCUCUUCAUGCGGCAGCCGCGAAACAGCAGCCAGCGUCAACGGCUUCGCCAGCGCCGCCGCGAAAACGAACGCCGCGAAGGCGGGAGGGGGGGCGCCGCGGCGGGGCUCAUGGCCGGGCUGGGCCUAAGCGUUUCCGCGGGCAACAAGGCGGAGACGGGGGGCGAGGCGUGCACGUGCUACGUGAACCGCGCCUCCGUGAAGCAGUUCGGGGGAGAGCUCGGCGGAGGCGGGGCGGGGUCCACGGACGGGCUGAACGGAUUGAGAGAGGGGGCGAGGGAGGGGCAGAGGGAGGCGGGCUCCGUGCAGAGCUCUGCCCUCCCCCCGAGGAAGCAGCAGGGUCCAGUCCUCACGCAGGCGCUGCUGAGUCAAGCCUGUCCCGGGUUCGAGGAGGCGGUGGAUGGAGUUCGAUUUAUCGCCAACCACAUGAAAAGCGAGGAUGAUGAUCGCAGCGUGAGUGAAGAUUGGAAGUACGUUGCCAUGGUGAUCGAUCGCCUCUUCCUGUGGAUCUUCGUGUUUGUUUGUGUCUUUGGAACGGUUGGAAUGUUCCUGCAGCCUCUGUUCCAAAACUACACCGCCAAGACUCUCACCAACACUCCUGGCUGA